AUGGCCGAGAUGGAAGAACCGACUCCUCCACAAGAACCGACACCCGAACAACGCAACGUGGAGGUUGUAAAACUGGAGGAGGAGGUGCCUCAGCCUGAGGAAGUGGCACAGGCCGCAGAAGAGGUGCCAAAACUCACCGAGGGGGUGCCUGCAGAAGGCGACCAACCGGAUGCGGAGAAUGAUUUCCGCGAGUUGGCGCUGUAA